GCCUUAAGUUAGUUUGCUAACCGCCAGGUAAAUUCUAAAAGAAGAAGAAGUCGGUCUGUCCACUUUCAUCAUGGCUCCUCCAGUCGCAGUGUCACCGCUAAUCAAGACAGCCAGAUGGUCUGCUCUGCUGUUGGGAAUGCUGUAUGGGAAGCAGAGGUUUGAUUACCUAAAGCCUAUUGCUGAGGAGGAGAGGAGGGUUGAGGAGGCAGAAAAGAAGCUCAGAGAAGAGCAGGAGCGCAUCUACAAACAACUGUCAGAAGCAAAUUCUGACACCAUCCUCAAAUGAACUACCUAUGGUCCAAUCCUGAUCUCAAUAAAAUCUCCAAUGUUUCUCAUGCCUUCAUUU